AUGGCAACUGGUCCCAUCACUUCCCGGCAACUAGUGGAAAAGGAAUUGGAAGCAGUGUCAGAUUUUAUAUUCUUGGGCAAAAAGAUCACAGCAGUGACUGCAACCCUGAAAUUAAAAGAUGCUUGCUCCUUCGAAGGAGAGCUACGAUGUUUGGAAUGUGCGUUUAGCAAGAGACAAAAUACCAUCAGAACACCUGUCUUCGCGGAGCACGCUUCCAACUGGUGCCUUCGUCAGAGGUUCAAGUGUUGUCUGUCACCCAAAAAACUGUAUUCAACUUACUGGGAUCCAGACGCCUUUGGCUGCAGCAGCGGCCCCAGCCUAGGCUCGAGGGUAGCAGCUGGGAUUGCGGAGCCUGGCCCCAGCCCAGCCGGGCUGUGUCGGAGCAGAAGCUGGAGCAGGAGCGCAGGAGACAGUGGUUGCAGUGUAGAUGGUGGAAGACGGCGGCUGGCGCGGUCCGCACUGAACCUCGGAUCUAGGAAAGGGAGAAGAGGAAAGGUAGAGGCGUGGAAGACACACGACCAAACCUCCAAGCCUCCCAGGCACGGGCCAGUCACAAUCCCGAAGGGGCACCGCAGCCCAUGCAGUCCGCACGCUGACCCGCAGAGCGGAGACUGA